ACUAAGUUUAAAACUGGUUUUAAACCUGGUCCUAACUAUGGACUAGAAAAAUUCUUAUUACAAAACAAGUUUUAGCACUAAUUCUGGAACUAUGUGUGGUACUAAAGAUAAAACCGCAAGACCCCUAGUUUAAGCUUGGACCAAAUUUUAGUAAUCUGUGAACAUUUGACUUUGACGUCUUUAUCUUAUGUCAAAUGUCAAAUCGCUUUUGUGAAUUGGUUAAUUUGUGGUUAAUUCGUUUCCAAUUUUGAUCUAAAAUGGAUAUAAAUGACAUGGAUCUGAUGGAUUUUGAGGACAUGGAUUCUAUUGAACCGUCUCGGCAAACCAUACGAUACCGUCGCCGAGCAAAUCCGUUUUUACUAGAAGAACCUGACUUCAAAAGUAAAUACCGUUUUUCGAAAAGUUUUGGGCAAAAAUUGUUGGAUUUGUUACGAGAGGAUUUGGCACACGAUCCUCGAGGCUGCCCCUUAAGCCCUGAGCUGCAGGUGGUUUGCGCCUUACGCAACUGGGCUCGCCACGAAAUUCAAGAUGAUACAGCUGAUUUGCAUGGUGUAUCACAACCAGUUAUCAGCAAGACAUGCAAAGAGGUGGCAGAAUGCCUCUCAAGAAUUUCCCGAAGAUUUAUCAAAAUGCCUGCAACAUUGAUAGAUCAAGAAGAGAGUAUGAGGAAAUUCCGAAGCAUAGCUGGCUUUCCUAUGGUAAUAGGUGCAAUAGAUUGCACUCAUAUAAGAAUAAAAAAAGUGAGCGCCGAUGGGGGUCAAUUGUACAUCAAUAGGAAAGGAUACCCUUCAAUUAAUGUACAGGUGGUAUGUGAUGCUGACCUGAAAAUCAUGGACAUUGUUACCAGAUGGCGUGGCAGUGUGCAUGAUUCACGGAUUUUUAGGGAAUGCAGACUAAAAGAAAGGUUUGAGGCUGGUGCGUUUUCUGGGUUAUUACUGGGCGACAGUGGGUAUCCUUGUACAUCUUAUUUAUUUACUCCUUUGCUAAAUCCCUCAACGCAGGCGGAAGAAAAUUAUAACCGCUGCCACAUCCGCACAAGGAAUACUGUGGAGAGGUGUUUUGGACUCUGGAAGCAACGUUUUCGUUGCCUUCUUAGAGGUAUGUUUGGUGAUAUAGAAACUGCCAAAAAAACUAUUGUUGCUUGUGCUGUCCUGCACAACCUCGCGAUUGACAUGAGAGAAGACGUGUUUCCUGAGGAGGAAGAUCCCCAAGAACAAACGUCAUCGCAAGAGCCAGUGGUGCAGGCAGCUAUUCGAAAUACUGUAAGAGGAAGUAUUAGAAGGAGACAAUUUAUAGAAACACAUUUUAAUUGAAAUACAUAAUAAAUGUAUUUUAAUGAAUAAAUGUGCUAUAUUGUCUCACAUAAUUCAUCACAAGCUUCUGGACUGGACCGGAUUUGGAAUAAGUAUCAACAGCUAGUACAUCACCCACCUCCGAUUCAUGGACGAUAUUGCCUCUCAACAAUGGUUUUCAAAAUUAAUAUGGACCUGAAUUGGCUGGGCAGCAUUCUGGAAGCUUCGCGAACAUUCACGUCCCAAAUACCGCAGUGUCUCAUCAAGACGAAAGUUUUGACCACUGUGUGUUGCCAGUGAUGACAUAAAAUAUGGAACAGACAAUGCAUCAGCCUUAACCUCAUCAACAGUAGUGCAUUAACGGGCUCAAAUUCUCCAAUCACCAGCUUCACUGCCGGAAGCUUACAGCGGCCUAGACAGGCAGCUCGCUUUUUGGGUUAUUUGGAGUAGGAAGAUA